AUGGUCUCUGGUAAUGAUGACAAUUCGGGAACCACACAAACCAAUGCAUGGCGUACUAUUCAAAAGGCAGCCAGUAAGGCUAUGGCUGGUUCUACUGUCUACAUUGGUCCUGGAACAUACUAUGAAACUGUUACAAUACUCGUCCAAGGAAAUCUCUUCAAUGGAUCAAUCACAUUUACUAGUUUAAUGCCAGAUAACCCAGCGAUUAUCUCGGGUGAAAAUGCUGCAGUUGCAUCACCCGAUGAGCUUCGCAAUUUACGUAUACAUCAUAUACUUGGCGGAGGAAAGACAGGUGGAGCGAUGGCAAUUACUGUUUAUAACAAAAAUCAAGAGACGAGUCUCAGUAAACUAAUCAUCGAUAAUUGUACAUUACAUGAUUGUGAACCAGCUUGGAGCGAGGCUUUAACUCUUAAUGGUAAUAUUGAAUUGUUUCAAGUGACUAACAAUCGCGUCUACAAUAUGAAUAAUAUUGGCAUCGAUUUUAUAGGUGGAGAAAGUAACAUGGGAGCUCUUGGGGCUCGUUCCGGUCAAUGUUAUUAUAAUACAGUAUGGAACAUUCAUUCUUCAUAUGAUUCUAGUGCAGCUGGUAUUUACGUAGAUGGAGGAUCUGAUAUAAAUAUAGGAAAGAAUGAAGUUUAUAAUUCGGAUGCUGGUAUAGAAAUCGGUGCUGAAAAUCAAGGUCGAAUAGCGUCAGGAAUGGUUGUUCAUGAAAACUACAUUCAUGAUAAUGACAAAGCCGGUCUUCUCUUUGGUGGAUACGAUUCCGAACGAGGACGUGUCAUCAAUAGUACAUUCCAAAAUAAUCGACUGGAAAAUAACGAUGUCAAAAAUACUGGAGCUGGAGAAAUUGUCGUUUCUUUUGCAUCCAAUAAUUUCGUCUAUUCCAAUGCAAUCAAACCGAACACAAAAAAUAUUAUUCUAACUGUAGAUCAGAUAGGUGGUUUGGAUAAUGUAUUCAAUCGACAAUUGUAUUAUCCGAACGGACCAAAUGCAAACGAAAUCAAUCUAAUUUUUAAUUGGGGUAAUCAACAAUAUCGUGGACUGAGUGCGUUUCAAAAUGCAACCCAACAAGAAUUACAAGCUUCUGUUCUCUCGUCAAACGCUGGAUCAGUAUGA